AAAAAACCAGUUUAUUUACCGACUACAUUCACGACGCGCGCGCGUUGUAGGUCUCGUGUCUAGAAUUUAUAGUCCGUGUUUUCUCAUGUAGAUUUCAAGAAAAAAAAUCUGUCUGUGCACUUUUGAGUUAUAAUUUUUCGUGUGUCAUUUUAAACUUAAACUAAAAUUCCUCGAAACUUUUCUGUGAUUUUCGAAAGUUCUCAAUAAAGUACCCAUUGAGAGUGAUAAAAAGGUGUGUCGUGGUUCGAAUUUUGAAUCGUGAAUAAACUUUUGUGCAUUCGCGUGAAAAAUACAGGUGUUUUGUUUCGAUGAGUUCGUGUGUACAAAAGAGAUGUUGAUACGGAAAAGUUUACAUUCGAAAUCGAUUGUCAGUUGCAUAGUUGAGUGAUCUCCGUGUGAUUUGUUCAACGAGACGAGUUCGCAAGGUAAACAUGUGUUCACCAAGACACCUCAGCAAUCGAACAAGCUCUCGUCAGCCCUGAUGUUGUCCGGAACAUUCCAUGAAGUCGGCUGACAUGCAGCCAUGGCCAGUGGCAAGGCUCUGUAUUCUAUAGCGGUGGUCGCAUUGGGCUUCAUUUGCUUUGUAGUAGGUGCCAUCGCUGUUGGUUUACCUACUUGGGGAAACUUUCAUAGCUAUGACUCUGACUUUCAACUCUCAGUUCCUGGGUACUAUUUAGACAACCCGAACUUUGACCAGGGAUACUUCGGACCAUGGCGGGUUUGCAAGAAACUGCUCUACAACCGGGAGAAAUGCGGCUCAGACGUCUCCAAGUUCCAUCCGUCGACGGCGGUGUACAUAGCGGGAGUGGUGGCGUCGGUCGGUGUGUCCGUCCUUGGCGUGUUCUGCGUGUUGUCAGUACUGCAGCUCGCCAUGAUAUCGUCCAAGGAACGCGUCGCCUUCAAGUAUACUCAUCUCGUCAUGAUGAAAUUGGCGCUGGCGCUUUUAGCCACGCUGCUGUCCAUUGUGGCAGCAAGUUUGUUCGCCGUGCAAGGCGAUGACAGGGGCUUCUUCGUGACGAGGGGUGAAGCUUUCUAUGUGCAGAUAGUAAGUAUAGUGAUAAACUCGAUACUGUUUAUAAUGUCGCUGUACGACGCGCUGUUCUCGCGACGGGCCGGCGGCGACCCUACCAAUCCUUUAGGGGAGCCUGAAGGCACCACCAUCAACAAUCCUGGGUUCAAAGAAGGAAGAGGAAUCUCAAUGACUGAUGCGUCAGGGAAGCCGUACAGCACAAAUGGCCACGGUAGCGUGGCGUCAAUGAACACUACGGCUACCACGCUGACUGGCAUGUCGGAUGCCAGUACCAUCACCAGAUCUCCCCUCCGGUCGUCUCUCAAGAAGCCGCGGCCAAGGGAAGGUGAGCCCGGUGGCCUGGGCAUACAAAACCCGGGCUAUUCAGGCCACUCACCCCCUUUAAAUCGCAAUGGGAGUCAGAAGAAAGUGCGCAUUCAAACACACAGUACUGAGGUGUGAACAAGUUCUCAUAUAAGACACAUCUCAAUAACUGACUAUGUAGAUUUGGUUAUUUAAGCCCACAAAAAACUGGAUAUUAAAUCGAUUUAGUAAACUAGUAUUUA